AUGGAAUGGUCAGACAUAUAUGAACCAACUGCGUCAGACUCUUAUUUGCUGUCAUCUUUGACACCCCAAUUUGAAGUUGAUGAUCAGCAGUACUCCAAAGAAUGGACUUUUGAAGAGAACAAGUUGUUUGAGAAUGCUUUGGCCGAGUUUGGCCCAGACUCUCCAGCCUUCUUCGAGUAUGUUGCUUCCAGGCUUCCCAGCAAGUCCAUGAAAGAGAUCAAAAGGCACUACGACAGCUUACUCGAAGACGUGGAGAUGAUCGAGGCCGGUCUUCUUCCCAUACCCAAUUAUGUGAACACCGAGGGAAGUGAAGGAGAUAACAAUGUAGAGAGUAGUAGCAAGAAUGAUCAAGAGAAAGGAUCUCCGAGUACCAAACCUGCUCGAAGGACGUGCCCCAGUCAUCUGAGGAGAAAAAGUGUUCCAUGGACUGAAGAAGAACACAAGUUGUUCCUCAUGGGACUAAACAAAUAUGGAAAAGGAGACUGGAGGAGCAUAUCAAGGUACUAUGUUGUGACCAAGACCCCAACUCAGGUUGCUAGCCACGCUCAGAAGUUCUACAGGCGGCAAACCAGCAACAUCCCAAUUGACAGGCGCCGUCCCAGUAUCCAUGACAUCCGAACCGUCAGUUCCUCCUUUCUCCCAAUGCCUGACAGGCGCAAUGAACUACUACAGCUGCCCGUUCCGAUGCCCAAUCUCUAUGAUGCUAACUAUGGCAUGGUUCCCGAGCACAACAACAACAACUUCGCUACAAAGACCCCGGUUUUCCCACCAGGACCUAACAACAACUUCAAUGGUUGUGAACUGCCCAACUUUGCUGCGGAGACCCUGGUUUUCCCUCCAGGACCUAACAACAACUUCCAUGGUUAUGAACUGAACAACUUUGCUACAGAGACCCCAAAUUUCCCACCGGGACCCUCCGCAUCCCCUAUGGCCAACUCCAUGAUCAACCAGCCCACCUGCGCGUACCCUCAUCCAUCGUACCAAUUCCCUUAUCCAAUGAACUAUCCUUGA